AUGAUAGCAAAUUUGCCAGUUGUUCUGAUGAUAGUUUUAUUCGUAUAUUUGAUUUUAUGACCGGCACUGAAGAACGUGAAUUACGAGGUCAUGGAUGUGAUGUAAAAUGUGUUGAUUGGCAUCCACAUAAAGGUUUACUUGCUUCUGGCAGUAAAGAUUCUCAACAACCAAUUAUUCUUUGGGAUCCAAAAAGUGGGAAAAAAUUAGCAACACUUCAUGCUCAUAAAAAUACAUGUAUGGCAUUAAAAUGGAAUCGUCAUAAUGGAAAUUGGUUAAUAUCAGCAUCACGUGAUCAUUUUUGUAAAUUAUUUGAUAUAAGAAAUCUUAAAGAAGAAGUUCAAUGUUUUCGUGGACACAAAAAAGAAGCAUGCACAUUGGCAUGGCAUCCAAUACAUGAACGACUUUUUUCAAGUGGAGGAUCCGAUGGUUCAAUUUAUUUUUGGCUUAUCGGAACAGAAAAAGAAUUAGCUGGUAUGGAUGAUGCACAUGAAGGUAUGAUAUGGGAUAUGUCAUGGCAUCCUCUUGGUCAUAUGCUUGUUAGUGGUUCAAAUGAUCAUACAACACGAUUUUGGACACGUAAUCGAUCUGGUGAUACUGUACUUGAACGAAGUGAAGAAGGACUAUUACUACAUGCUGCACGUCUUGAACAAUUACAUCGUGAAGAAUUAGAACAUGAACGUUCAAUAGAAAUGAAUAUGCCUGGUUUAGGUUUUGAAGGUGGUUUACUUGAACAAUUACAACAACAAGAUGAAAUAAUCAAUCAACGUGAAGUUGGCAUCCCUGCUCUAGAAUUCUCAAAUGAUGAUGAAGAAAGUCGACGAAGACGUGCACCAUUUGCCAAGCCUGUACCUAAAUCAUUUGAAGAAGCAUGGCGUUCCGUUGAUACAUUUUCUGGUUCGUUGGAGUCUGAUGAUCCUUUUUAUUCUCAACCACCUCCACCACCAACAAAUUUUUCACAUGGAGUACCUUCAAUACUCGAUGAUUAUUCUCGAAAUAGUGUACCAUCUGAUUAUGAUACUCGUAGCGGUGGUCCGCCGAUGAAACGACUACGCCAUGAUGUUUUCAAUGAUGGUCAUUGGGCUAAUGCACCAACAGAUCGACGAGGAAUGGGUUUUUCAUCAAUACCACCAUCUCAACCAUCUCACUGGCGACAGAAUACAAAUGAAUUACCAACAAGCGCCAGCCAUAUAUUAGAUGAAACACUUGGUGAUACAUUAAAUGCUGCACAGCAAGGUGUUUCACCAUUUUUUCAAACAGCUACUGAUGAAGAACUACGAGGAUUUAAUCAAACAUUAAGAAUAUUUCAAAAAUGA